AUGGAUAGCAUAGAGAAAGAAGGAGACAAUGAACGAGGAUAUUGGUCAAAGCAUUCUUCUGCUAAUGGAUAGACUUAUUACUACAAUGUGAAGACAGGGUAAUCUUAAUGGGAGAAACCAGAAUGUCUUUAAGAUGAAGAAUCAGAAGUAGAAGAAGAAUGGUAACAAUACUUGACAGAAGAUGGUAAACCUUAUUGGUACAAUCGCAUUACAAGAGAGAGUAAAUGGCAAAAGCCAGAGGAAGAACAAUAUACGUAUGGAUAUAUUAUAUUAGUGCAGAUCAGGUGAGGAAGAGGAUAUCAUCCCGCCAAAUCCUAUUGAUUAAUUCACAUAAUUAUUGAAGGAUAAUAAGAUUACAUCAAGUGUUAAGUGGGAUUCAGUUGUAAAGCAAUUGCAAAGUGAUUCAAGAUGGAAAUGUAUUGGGAGUAUAAGUCAUAAGAAGAAGAUCUAUAAUCAGUAUUUGGAAGAGAUGAAAAAACAAGAGAAGGAGGAGAACAAGACAAAAUUAAGUAUGGCUAAGGAGGAUUUCAUGAAAAUGUUAGAGGAACAUAAGAUUCUCUCUUCAGACAUAAAGUUAUGGAAAGUAUAAAGUUAUCUUGUUACAGAUGCAAGAUGGAAAGCAAUACCUGACGAAAAGGAAAGGGAAAAUUUAUUCCAGGAUUAUUUAGAUAAGUUAUAUAAACAAGAGUAAGAGUAGAUGAAGGAGAGUCGAAAAACUACCACUGAAGAUUUUAGAAAAAGGUUACAAAGACAUAUAGAAAUAGGAGUCUUAAGUCAUAGUUCCACUUGGGAUGAGUGCUUAAAGUUAUUCAGUUAAGAUAGACUUUUGUAAUAGAUGUUGCCAAUUGAUGCUCUUGGUGUCUUUGAAGAGGUAUAAUCUCUUUUAAUUUAGGUUAUCAAUCCUCUUUAUGAAUAAUGGAGAUAGUCAAUUAUCUCUAAAUAUAGAUAGAAUAGGAUCAAUUUCAGGGAAUUGCUAUAGGAACACCUGGCAGAAGGGUUAUUGACACACAAGACUAAAUGGGGUUAAUUUGUAUAGACAAUAUAAUAAGAUGAUAGAUUUAUUUGCAUGUUAGGACAACCAGGCUCACAACCUCAUGAGUUGUUUUAAGAUUUCAUAUCACAUUUAAAGUAGAACCAUUAGCUUUAUAAAUCUGAGUUAAAGAUGCAUCUCUAAUAAAAGGGAGUUAAAGUGUUAACAAAUGUAAGCUUUGAAGAAGUGGAAGCUUAUUUUGUUGAUAACUAAAUUUGGACAAAAAUGCCAUCUCAUGAGAAAAAAUAUUAUUAUCGUUACUUCCAAGAAAAUAUUAAGUAGUCAUCCAACAUUCAAAGCAAAAGAUAUAAGAAGAUGUGUAAAAGAUACAUUAAAUUACUAAAAUCAUUACCUGAUUACAAAUCUUAUGAAGAAAUGUUACCAAUUAUCAAUUAAAAGAUUCAAGAGAAUCCAAAAUUAGCAGGAUUGGUUGAAGAAUAAAAGAAAGCACAAUAUGAAUCAUUUGUAGCAACUCUUUAGUAAUUAUAAUCAUAAUAAUAACAAACUUAAUAAUAGCAAAUACCUAUUGUACCAAUAGUGAAUUAAUAGGUGUAAUAGGUGUAAUAGAUUUAAUAAUAAUAAUAGUAAUAAUAGUAAUAAUAAUAAUAAUAGUAAUAAUAAUAAUAAUAAUAAUAAUAAUAAUAAUAAUAAUAAUAAUAAUCUACAUAAAUUCAAGAAGAACCAAUUUAAUAAUAAUAGACAUCUGAAAAAGAUUAAAGUGAAAGAAAGAAGAAAAAGAAGAAGGAAAAAAAAGAAAAAAAGGAAAAGAAAUCAAAGGAAGAGGGCUCUGUUAGACAAGAUCUUAGUCAAGUUGAACCAGAAAAAUCUAAAAAUGUGAAAUAAGAGCAUGAACCAGAACCUGGAGAAAUAUAACCAAAUUAUGAUUUUAAUGAUUAAGAGAAGUCAAAGAGCAAAGGAAAAAAGCAUCAUAGAAGUAAUCAUAAGAGCAAAAAACAUCACAAAUAAUGAA